AUGUCACAUCGUUUUAAUAAUGAUGGUGAUGAUGGUGAUGAUGACGAAGGAUAUAAUAUUGAUAAUAACAACUCACUUUAUAAUAGAGAUUUAAACAAGAGCAAUAGUACAUAUAUAGAGAUUGAAGAUUUGAAAGACGUACAUCAUCAAAGACAACAGCAGAGGUCCACUACUACUUCAAGUAAGCAGGGCAAGAACAAGAAGCUGGAUCAAAAGGAGCAGCAACAGCAGGAGCAGGAGCAGGACGAGCUGGACGAAUCAAAGCCUCUCAUGUCAGAAUCAAUGCCCUUGUUGUCGGAGGUCGACCCAAGGACCUUUAGACAAAAGGUCAAAGACUUCAUACUUAGAAGACAUAUAUACCUACCAAGAACAAUCAACUUGGAGUUGGAUGAACAGUUGACAAAGUUCCCUCCAAACGUCGUCAGGAAUCAAAAGUACAAUGUUUACACAUUCGUCUUUGUCAUCCUUUAUGAACAGUUCAAGUACUUCUUCAAUCUUUUCUUCCUUAUUGUGGCACUCACUCAGUUCAUCCCAUCUCUUCAAGUUGGCUACAUGUUCACAUACGUGGCGCCAUUGGUCUUUGUGUUGACAAUCACAUUGCUCAAGGAAGCCUACGACGAUUUCAAGCGAUUCAAGCGUGACAAAGAAGCCAACUCACAGCAAUACCUGCGAUUGACGCCCAAUGGCUACGUAUCAAUACCAAGCUCGGACAUCCGCGUUGGCCAUCUGAUCAAGGUGGAGACCAACCAACGUGUGCCCUGCGAUCUCCUCUUUCUGCGAACGACCGAGAAGAAUGGCGCCUCCUUCAUCAGGACGGACCAACUCGAUGGCGAGACUGACUGGAAGCUCAGACGAUCGGUCAACAUCACUCAAAAGUUGGCCAAUGACGAGGCGCUGCUCAACAUGAGAGCGUCCAUCUUUGCCGAACAGCCCAAGAAGGACAUCUACUCAUUCAUUGGCAACUUUACAAAGACUGACUCUAAUGAGACAGAGUCUGUGUCGGUGGAGAACACACUUUGGGCAAACACUGUUGUUGCCUCUGGCAAUGUGAUUGGUUGCGCGAUGUACACUGGACGCGAGAGUAGAUGUCAGAUGAACACAAGCAUGCCCGCCACAAAGGUCGGACUGCUGGACAAUGAGAUCAACACAAUGUCCAAGUUGCUGUUCCUUCUUCUCUGCUUCCUUGGCUUUGUCAUGAUCUGUUUGAAGGGCUUCCGCGGCUACUGGUACAUCUACCUCUUUAGGUACAUCUUGCUGUUCUCUUCGAUCAUUCCUAUCAGUAUGAGAGUGAACUUGGACCUGGGCAAGACUGCCUACUCCCUCAUGAUGAUGAAUGACAAGCAGAUCCCAGGCACAGUCGUUCGUUCGUCCACCAUCCCCGAGGAGCUUGGCAGGAUUGAGUACCUCCUCACAGACAAGACUGGUACACUUACACAGAAUGACAUGGUGUUCAAGAAGCUUCACUUGGGCUCAAUAUCAUACUCCAAGGAGAGUCUUAGCGACUUGCAAGCUGAGCUCAGAGCAUCGUAUGCUCCUGCUUCAGCGGCCACAUCGUCAAGGAACUCGGUUGCUGUGAGGAACAGAAGGAAUCUUGGCACAAGAGUCAAAGAGGUGAUCACAGCAAUCGCACUUUGUCACAAUGUCACACCUGUCGCCACGUCGAGUGAGCAGCCACAAGAUGGUCAUGACGCACAUGUUGAGAUCAACGAGGGAGACAACAUCCAGAUUGCCAAGGAAGCGCCACAGUCAAGCAGCCUUUCAUCAAAGUUCAGCAGCCUCAAUAUCUUCCGCUCACGCACUGGUUACCAGAAGAUCAAGGAAACACCACGCAAGUCUGAGAACGUAGAGGAGGAAGAAGACGACUCAUCAUCGUCUUCGGCACCCGAGAACAAUCAAAAGUAUCAGGCAUCGAGUCCAGACGAGAUUGCACUCGUCAAGUUCACCGAGUCGGUUGGCCUCGUGUUGACCGAGCGUGAGCUCACCUCAAUCACUCUUCGCACGCCACAGGACGAUCUGGAGACAUACGAGAUCCUCAACAUCUUCCCCUUCACCUCAGAGACAAAGCGCAUGGGCAUCAUCGUCAAGGACGUCGAGGGCGUCAUCACAUUCUACAUGAAGGGCGCCGACGCCAUCAUCUCGAAGCUGGUCCAGAACAACGACUGGCUGGACGAGGAGUCGGGCAACAUGGCUCGUGAGGGUCUGCGCACACUGGCCUUUGCCAAGCGUACAAUGACCGAGGAGGAGUACCAGCAGUUCCUGAACCGCUACAACCAUGCCAAGACAUCGAUAUCCGACCGUGCCGCCAAGGUGCAGGAGGCCAUCGGCACCAUCGAGAUGAACCUCGAGCUCAUCGCCCUGUCCGGUGUCGAGGACAAGCUGCAGUCCAAUGUCAAGACCACUCUGGAGCGUCUGCGUAACGCCGACGUCAAGGUGUGGAUGCUCACCGGUGACAAGAUCGAGACGGCCACGUGCAUUGCCAUCUCGACCAAGCUGGUCUCGCGUACACAGUCUCUGUUCCAGAUCUCUGUCAGCGACAAGACGAGAGCCUUUGAGAAACUGAACCAGUUCUCAAGGAUGCGCGAUGCCUGUCUCAUCAUUGACGGUCCAUCGCUCCAGCUCUGUCUGGACAACUACAAGGACCAAUUCAUCAGCAUCGCGUCCAAGGCACCAUCCGUCGUUUGCUGCCGUUGCUCACCAACACAAAAGGCAGACAUUGUCCGCCUGAUCAAGGAGAAGACCAAGAAGAGGACAUGUGCCAUUGGUGACGGUGGUAACGAUGUCAGCAUGAUCCAAGCUGCCGACGUUGGUGUCGGAAUCGUUGGCAAGGAAGGCAAGCAAGCAUCCCUAGCAGCAGACUUCUCAAUCAAUCAAUUCAGCUAUCUCAGUAGACUAGUUUUAUGGCAUGGAAGGAACUCAUACAAGAGGUCGGCCAGUCUGUCCCAGUUUGUCAUUCACAGAGGUCUGAUCAUCUCAUUCAUUCAAUGUGUCUUCUCGGCCAUCUACUACUACGCCGCCAUCUCAAUUUACAAUGGAGCACUGCUGGUUGGAUAUGCCACAGUAUACACCAACGCACCAAUCUUCUCAUUGAUCCUUGACGAGGAUGUCUCCGAAGACAUUGUCUUUAGAUUCCCAGAGCUAUAUCAUGAACUACAAAAGGGUCGAUCACUAUCAUACAAGACAUUCGCAAUAUGGGUAUUGAAGAGUGCUUAUCAAGGUGGAAUGAUCAUGUUGUUGUCCAUUAUACUGUUUGAAAGCAACUUGAACUAUAUUGUAUCGAUCACAUUCACUGCACUGAUCUUGGUAGAGUUGAUCAAUGUCAUGGUGGAGAUACACACAUGGCACCGAUACAUGAUCAUCUCAUUGGUUGGCACAUUGAUCAUCUAUGGAGUCACCAUGAUGAUACCUCAGAUCACAGCAUUCGAGCUGUCAUUCAUUCUCUCUGGUGAGUUCUGGUGGAAGGUGACGGUCAUAGUGUUUGUCUGCUGCUUCCCAAUCUUUUUGUUCAAUCUCAUCAAGCAGAGAAUCGAUCCACCAUCAUACACCAAGCUGGCAUAA